ACACCACCGGUACGUCUUCGAGGAGAAGGAGAAGCGCGUCCCCGCCGCCGCAGCAGCAACCGCCGUCGCCACGUCGGCGCCCAAAGAGGGCGGCAAGCAGAAGGUAGUGCAGGCGCGGCUGCAGGAGCUGGGGCCCCGUUUCACCCUGAAGCUGCAGAGCCUGCAGAAGGGCACGUUCGACUCGCGGGGCGGGGAAUUCGAAUGGGUGCACAACCGCAAGGAAAUGGACACGAGCAGGCGGCGGUUCCACCUGUGA